AUGAGUUUCUUAGGCCUAUCGUCAAGCAAACCAAAGUCGAGCAAGAAACCGGCGUCGUCUCUUCAGAAGCAAUACCUCCUCAAGGAGUAUGCGGAGCAGACACUUGGUUCUGGGAACUUGCGUCUUGCUGUUCAUCUUCCUGAAGGCGAGGAUCUUAACGAGUGGCUCGCCGUUAACACGGUGGACUUUUUCAAUCAGAUCAACAUGCUGUACGGGACGAUCACAGAGUUUUGUACACCUCAGGACUGUCCGGUCAUGUCAGCAGGACCGAAAUACGAAUACCACUGGAAGGACGAGGGCCAGUUCAAGAAGCCAGCACGAGUGAGUGCACCGGUGUAUGUUGACCAUCUGAUGUCGUGGGUUCAAUCGCAGUUGGACAACGAGACCAUCUUUCCUAGCAAGAUUGGCGUUGAUUUCCCGGCAUCGUUCAAGAGCGUGAUCCAUGCAAUCUUCCGGAGACUGUUUCGGGUGUAUGCACAUAUCUAUGUGAUCCACUUCUCGGUGGUUGUUUCCUUGGGAGAGGAGGCUCAUUUGAACACGAGCUUUAAGCAUUUUAUCUUGUUUGUGAAGGAGUUCCAACUGAUCGAGUCCAAGGAGCUUGCGCCCCUGGCAGAUCUUAUCGAUUCCCUUCUUGCUCAGGUUAAGAACUAA